AUGGCAUAUUUUCGAAGCUUUUUCGGUGGAGGUGGAGCAGAAGCUGAAGAGGAAGAUGGAGCUGAAAUUGUGGAGAAAAUGGUGGAGCGUGCCGAGACUUGUACAGCACUCGAAGAUCGGCGAGAUGCACUUCGAGCACUUCGUGGCAUGGCCAAAAAGCUGCGAUUAGCUGUUGGUACAAUGGGUAUGAAUGUAUAUAUGGACGUGUUGGAAAAGGAAAGAUCAAACCAAGAGCUUCUCGCUAUAACUCUGGAAAUUCUCGUAGCAGUUCUAAGCAGCGAUGAUGAAAGCACGGAUGACGACGAGCUUGGGGAACGUCUAGCUGAGGUCAUGCUGAAAAAGCCAGUUUUCAUCCCAUCACUUCUAACUGCAGUAGAUGAUUAUGACAUAACUGUUCGUCGGGUUGGGAUACAAUUGCUAACUUCACUGCUUCGUCACCGCGGCCCCGAAGUACAGGCAGCCGUGAUGGCUCAGCCAACUGGUGUUCCUCAUCUCGUGGAUAUUGUUCACGACCGGCGCGAAGUAGUUCGAAAUGAAGCUGUCUUAAUGCUCUGUGAACUAAGUAGAUCAAAUUCACAGAUUCAACAGCUGCUGGCAUACGAAAAUGCUUUUGUUCAUCUCUUGGAUAUCAUCGAUACAGAGCCACUGGAUAGUAUUAUCAUUGAAGACUGUUUAUUUGUUAUAUUGAACCUGCUCAGAAAGAAUGCGAUGAAUCAACAAUUGUUUAGGGAGAAUAACUUGAUCGCUCGUUUGGGAGUGAUGCUUAAUACGUUCCUAUAUGGUUCAGAAGAAGAUGAAACCGAUAGCUUAGAGUGGGUAAAACAACGAACCGCGAACAUAAUAUUCCUUCUACAAGUUAUAAGAAGUUUGGUGAGUCCCGACAAUGCAGUCAGCAACACUCAUGCUGCUCAAAAAGCUCUCCAUCAAACAAGUGAGGCCAUCACUUCGAGUGAGUCAGUGCAGUGCUGGUUCGGUUGCGUAUCACUUCUUUACUGUUUACUAGACGUUGAACACCUAAGAGAGCAGCUUUUACGAGUGCAGGUAAGUAUGGGUAACCGCAGGGUUCGAAUGCGUGCCGGUGUGUUGAUGCUUUUAUCAACAUGGUUGAAAAAGUGCCCAUCCGCUGUUGCGAUUUUCCUUGAAAACGAAGACAAUCUUCACUAUUUGACAACACAGAUCCUUGACGACUGUGGUGAAGGAACGGAAAGUGAACAGCAAGUUCUCAAAGGUUUGAUGGCUUUCCUUCUGCUAGUCUGCCUAGAGAACGUUGAAGAUGCUAAUCAA